UAAGUCACGAACACUUGGGAUUUGAACAGCGAAGGGAGCACAUAAAGAGCACGACAAGAUAUUUUUCGUAAAGCGUAGGGAAAAGGCGUGCCAAAUUAUCUUAAGCAUUACCAUCGCGGACUUAGAGGACGACCGCCUCAGCAAAUAUGAUAAUUGACAGGGUCAUCCCCGAUGAAUUUGCGGGUGUCUCGGACCGGGACGCCGAAGUAAUGACGAGCCCCCUGAAUUUCUGCGCUUUCUACGGGAGCUCCCCACCGAGGAACGAGCCCGUGUCCUUCAGCGGGGACCGUUCCCCCUGGUCCCCAAGCUCCGAUUCCGACUCAGGGAAAAGCUGGAAAAGCGCGUCUAGCCCGAGCCAAACCAGCAACAAUCUUAACAGUAUGAACGGCGACACAUACACGGGGAGUGCGAGACAGCAGCGGUACCAGGGCGUGCGUGUGAAGAAUCCAGUCAAGGAGCUCAUCAUGCAGAAACGCAAUGGCCAGCUGUCUUUGCACCCCAACCACGACAACAAACAGGUACCAGCGCACAUUGAAGCAACUGAUCAUUGUCCAGCGCUGACUGCCGUGCUACUGGGGGGAAAGAGGCCCUCUGACUACGCCCUACCUGACCCUCCCUGCGCCAAGAGACCCGCCCCUCUCUUCAACAACAACUUCCUGACCUCUCAUUCCCACGGCAGCGGAGACGGUGCUGUGGUUGCACACAGCUCUGACCCCGACUUGGACAUUGCUGACAUCAUACUGCAGAUGAGAGAUUAUGCCCCCAUUUCCAUAACAACAGUGCAGGUGCAGGAAACCCCCUCCCAGGCCGUACCCCCCUGCUCCACUCCACCCUCCCAGCCAGUCCCUCUCCAGGUCCAAGAGGUCCCCCUGUACCCCGACUUCCUCCCUGAGAUCAUGAGCUGCAGCCCAGUUCAGCCCUUCACCCCCGAGCCCAGCCCUCCACCUGCCCCUGCACCCCUCCUGCCCCCCUCCCUGCCUCCUCCCUCUGGGGGCAUGUCCUUCUUCCAGUGGCAGGUGGACCAGGAGGAGGGGAAGCUGUCAGGACUGACCCCAGAUCAGCUUGCGGCGGGGGAUGAAGACGGAGACACGUUCCUGCAUGUCGCCGUGGCGCAGGGGAGGCGGGCUCUGUCCUACGUGCUCGCCAGGAAGAUGGCGCAAAUGGGCCUGCUGGACGUGAAGGAGCGCAACGGGCAGACCGCCCUUCAGGUGAGCAUGGCGGCCAAUCAGCACCUGAUUGUGCAGGACCUGCUGACCCUGGGGGCGCAGAUCAACACGUCUGACUGCUGGGGCCGCUCCCCGCUGCAUGUGUGUGCUGAGAAGGGCCACGCCCUGACUCUGCAGGCCGUCCACAGAACCCUUCAGAGUACUGGACAGCAGAUUAAUAUGGAGGCGGUCAACUAUGAUGGCCUUACAGCUCUUCACACUGCAGUGCUGUCCCACAAUGCUGUGGUGCAUGAGCUCGGUGGUAUGGCUGCGCCCCACUCCCCCCAGACACAGGCCCUGCUGCAGAGGAGGAAGCUGCUUGGCGAGUGUAUCAGCACGCUCCUGCUGAUGGGCGCCUCCCACAGGGCCAAGGACCACAAAAGCGGUCGCACCCCACUGCACAUGGCCGCGGAGGAAGCUAACGUGGAGCUGCUCCGUCUCUUCCUGGACCAGCCCGACUCGCUGUCCAUCGUUAACGCCAAGGCGUACAACGGAAACACAGCGCUCCACGUUGUCAGCGCCCUGCAGGGGAGGGUUGCCCAGGUCGACGCAGUCAAGCUCCUCAUGAGGCGGGGCGCCGACCCCAGCACCAAGAACCUGGAGAAUGAGCAGCCCACCCAGCUGGUGCCAGAGGGACCCAUGGGGGACCAGGUGAGUCCGGGCCUGCCCGAGCCACACCCCAGUACCACAUCCUCCUACACAUGGUAGACAGUCAAAGAGCCAACGAUAGCAGAGAGAACAGGGAUAGGAUGCCUGACUCUUGGAUUGUGACUGUCUACAUAAUUCUGUGUCUGUGAGUCUGUGUGCCUCACUCUCUGUACCUCUGUGACUCUGUGUCAGUUACUUUCUCUAAAUGUCACCGUUAUUCUCAGUAACACCCUGUGACGAUUCUGUGAUUCUCUCUUACUCUGUCUCUCUGACUUUCUGUGUCUGUCUCUGUAACUCUGUGACUCACUCAGCGUCUGUGACUCUGUGACUGACUCCGCGUCUCUCCAACCGCAGGUCCGGCGCAUACUGAAGGGGAGAGGAGUGCAGGCCAGGUCCUGCUUGCCGUGAGACCCAGUCCACAUGGGUUCAGAACCACUGUCAGUUAGGCAGUCCAGUCUGUUGUAAAUACUCAUUUGCCGGUAUGAGGCAGAUGUCAGUUGUUUCCAUGAAACAAGUUUACCAUGUUCACUACAGUGUAGUGGCUCUUAAAAGCAGAGGGAGAGACAGGUGAUGCAGGUGUGGGCAGCUGCGUGGAGGAGUCCUCUGAAAGCACCAUUACUGUUGCUGAGAGUCUGAUUGAUCCUCUUUUUUGACUGGAAAAUGCACCAAUGAAACAGUCAGUCUGGUCAAUCAGUGCCCAGCCACGAUCACAGUGGUAGUCACUGUGACACUUGCAUCACAGUUAGAGCAGAUUUGAAACUCAAGCCACAGUCAGUGGCGAAUGUACAGUGUGUACAGUAUGAAUGUCUGUAUGAUAGAAGUAGAUUAGCAGAGAGGUGUAUGUGUCCUGGAAGUGCAUGUGAGCUGGAAAUAGAGGGAGAAACUUUGCCUUUAAUACAAUCAUUUCUCUAAACCACUUACCAUUUGUUGUAAUUGAUCAUAAUGUUUUAAUGAUCAUGGACUCCAGUUUGUGCAUUACAAGUUGUGCAGCAUAUCCACAGAUGGUAUGUGGACAAAUUUAGUUAAAUGUGCUAUAUUGUAAUGAUUCAGUAGAUUUUUUAAAUUGUCUCCGUUAUUUAAAAGCUCUAAAAUGAUGUGAUAAAAAAGGAAAGCUUCCUCACUUGAUUUGCAACGGUGUGAAAUAUUAUUCACACUCAAAGCCAUUGGCAGAGAAGGGUGUUUCUCAUAACUGGACCUCAUGAGGUCACACUUAAGAGAAAGGGAACUACCUGCCAGUGGACAUGGAUUAUUCAUCUGACUAGUAUGUUUGUAUGUCCAGCAUACAAACCUCAACACUUUUCAAGCAAUCCAUCAAAGGCAUUUUAAACAAUAAUAUGUAAUAUUGUGGUGAUAUUUUUAUCUCCUCUAUUUCACACUCACAAGCAGGUCACAGGGUCUGUAUAAUAUUUGUAGAUUGUUUGAUAAAUCACUGUAUAAUAUGUGUAGCUCAGUCAAUAUAUGAGUUGAUUAGUUGAUAAGUUUCUGUAUAGCACAUAGAUUAGCAUAUGUGGCGGUUUACUUUUCGCACACGUUUGGACUGCUGUCCUAGCACAGCUACGGAAGAGAAAGCUGAAAACAAAGACUGUAGUGUCAUUGUUGUUGUCAGCCUUAUCAAACAGAACUUUACCCAGAGGUAAGAUUUAACAGCCAAUCGCAACGAGGGAGGGCUGUAACCCUAGAGCAGCCUGCUGUUUGCUAGGAGCUAACAGGGACGUAGGUGGAGCUCAGGUUGUUGAAUAACUUCAGGUGAGAUCAGUUUUGGAGACAGUGGUGGAAGGAGUGUAACAGCCAGGUGUGGCUCUAGGUAUGUGUGUUUUUUUCCUAAAUACAAGGAAGUAGUUGUUGUUUUGCUUGCUUUAUGAAGCCUGUUGGUGAUGACUAAAGAAUCUUUGUUAGGAAUGAAUGCCAUUCAUUAUUUUUUCAUAUAUAUGUAAUAUCAAGGAAGUUUAAAGAAGAAAUGAAAAUGUCUCUUUGUGCAGAGCAAUGUAAUUUUUAAGAUUUUAUAAGUUUGAGUAUCAUUGAUAAAACUACCAGUAAUUAAGACUCCUUAAUUGCCAAUUAGUUAGCUAGCUGCGUUUCAUGUAAAAUAUUCUCUGAGGAUGGGUUUUAAUAUGAUUUUAC